GAGAUCUGAGACACGCCAAGGGUUAAAUCGAGUGUGAGCUCUCCGCCCUAGAGAGGCUCAGGAAGCUCGGCGGAGAAAGAGGGGGAUGCAUUAGCUCAGGGCACCUUCCUGCUCCUCCUCUUCCCAGGAUCAAAACUUGGGAUUUGAAUUUUAAUAAGGGGGGGAUUUGCCUCUGCAGGGUUGCAGAUCUUCCGCAGCGGGGCUUUGUGCAGUGGAGCUUUGCUGAAGGGAAGCGGUGGGCGAAAGAUGGGCACCUGAGCCGAACGAGACACGAGGGCGAUCCAGCUGCAAAAGGGAGAACACAUCUGGAGCAGGCAACAUACUGCUAGUGAAGAAAAGGAAUGACCAACAGCUCUUUGGAUGAGAAAUCUCUAGGUUCCAGGUUCAGCUGUUUUGCCUUUAGUCAGCCGAGGCUUCUGGGUGACUGAAAGGGUCUGGUUCACUCAGUCCACAGAGUGGGAGGUGGCUUGAGCUAAUGGUCCAGAACAUGGAUUCUUCCUUCACGGUUUUUGGGCUGCGAAACAUGUGAUUGAAAGAAAGAACUGAGGUUUGAGCGCUUGAGUUGAGAGCAGGCCAACCCUAGACAAAUAAAAUGGCUGACUAGAAGGAGAGGUUGCAGACGUGGACCUCCGCACAAGGGAACUGUGAACGUGAGCACAGCACAUAGUGGAAAUGGAGGAGCAGGCCCGAACGGGCUCCGAGUCAGGGGAGGGAUCUGGAGGUUCAGGAAGAGACACAUUUUCAGUACAGUCUGGUACUGCCCGGGAUCUAUCACGAUGGACAACACCACGACAGGAAGGGAUACCCCAACGCUUGGAAGCCCAGUGGCAAGAAUACUUGAAAACAGUCCAAUAUCCCUCUUCAGGGUGGGGAACAUCACAGCUGCCGGAUUUAACUUCAUGGGAUGACCUGGCCACAUUUGACCGUGUGGUUGGGGCCUGCCAGUGGUCUAGGGAAGGAAUGAGCCGCCUCAUGCCCACCCUCAGUGCUGAAGCACAACAGGCCCUAAGUACCCUGAAUGCCAGAGACAAGGGGGACCAUGGGAAGGCUAAAGCCAGUGCCCUGAGAGGAAACUCAAGCAGUUCUGAGCUGCAGCGUCAGCUCUUCCGCCAGUUCCGCUACCAAGAAGCUGAGGGGCCUCGUGAAGUCUGCAGUCGGUUGCGGGAACUCUGCCAUCGCUGGUUGGAGCCGGAGAGCCGCACCAAGGAGCAGAUCUUGGAACUGUUGAUCCUAGAGCAGUUCUUGACAGUCUUGCCCAAGGAAAUUCAGAACCGAGUCCGAGAGCGUGGCCCUGAGACUUGUGCUCAGGCGGUAGCUUUGGCUGAAGGAUUCCUUUUGAGGCAGCAGGAGAGCUUGCAAACCAAACCACAGGGCCCUGAUUCAUUGCAGGGGGCAGCUAUAAAUCUCUUGGAAGGCCAGAGGACUGUGUCGGAUGCCAGACAGAGGCAGUUGGCAAAGGAGGCCAGGCAGCAGGAUAACGGGAAGGUCAGCUUGCUAGGUGCCAAGGCCGCAAGCCGAGCUGGAGGGUCACUUCAGCAUCAAGGAUCCAGGGAAGAAGGUACACGCACUGCUCCUGGGAUGACUCCCAGGAAGGAGAAAUCUCACGUGUGUAUCGACUGUGGAAAAUGCUUUGCACGCCCGUCGGACCUGGCAAAGCACGAGAACAUCCACACAGGAGCAAAGCCCUUUCGAUGCAUGGAGUGCGGAACGAGGUUUAGCCAGUUGUCCCACCUGACUAGACACCAGAGAAUUCACACGGGAGAGAAACCGCACAUGUGCACUGAAUGUGGAGCAUCCUUUGCCCAGCGAGCCUCUCUGGUUAGUCACCAAAGAGUCCACUCGGGAGAGCAGCCCUAUCGCUGUUCUCACUGCCAGCAGUGCUUCAGCCACCAGUCGGCCCUUAAAGUGCAUGAGCGCAUCCACACAGGCCAGAAACCUUACAUCUGUCUGGAAUGUGGGAAGCGGUUUGUUUCCUCCUCCACGCUCAAGAUACACAAGAGAAUCCACACAGGGGAGAAGCCAUUUUCCUGCGCGGAGUGUGGGAAACGCUUCAUUCAGCGCUCCAAUCUUAUUUCGCACCAGCGGACGCAUUCUGGGGAGAAGCCAUUUUGCUGCGGUGUGUGUGGGAGAAGGUUCAGCUACCCGUCUGAUCUCACUCGGCACCAGAAAAUCCACACGGGGGAGAAGCCAUUUCCCUGUGACGAAUGCGAAAGGAGGUUCACCAGGUUCUCAGAUCUCCUCAUACACCGGAGAAUCCACACUGGAGAGCGGCCAUAUCGCUGCCUUGAGUGCGGGAGACGGUUCAGGCAGAAGAGCGCUUUGGUAACGCACCAGAGAAUCCACACGAAAGAGAAGGCAGCAGAGAAAGGCAAGCCUGUGGUGUCCACGGAGCCGCAGGCAAACAGCGAAUUGAAAGUUGGUGAGACAGAAGAGAAAGGAGACAGUUCAGAAAAAGAAGAGGAGGAGAGACCACUGCGGCUGCCUGCCUGCCGGUUGCGGCUGCUGCGUCUUCCCGCCUGCCAGGCCCACCUGCCAUUCGCGGCCGAUUCGGCUGCCCGCCAGUUGCCACUCUGCCUGCCCACCAGUCGCAGCCGCUAUAGCCGCCUGUCAUGGUCGGCCGCCUGCUUGGCCCGCCUGCCGUUCGCGCCCGCCCAUCUGCUGAGCUCGCUUGCCGGUUCUGGCCAGCCGCCUGCUGAGGCUGUUCACCUGUCCGCCAGCCGCCCAUCUUCUCCCCGCCUCCCCCAGCGGCCGGCCAUUCACCGGGCCACCGCUUCUCCCCCGCCACGCGGUUUUGAAGAGUUGGGAGCCUCAAAUCACAACUUCAGUGUUUUCUUUUUAAAAAGGAAAAGAAAUAGCCACAGAGCAAGCGACGAUUUCACAUUCACAGGUGAUUUGAGGCAUGGAACAAUGGAAGUGCCUGCACCACCAGAGACUGAACCAGGCGAAAGCUUGAAGCAGCUUGGAAAAGUCCCUUGUGACUUCCAAGCUGGUGCCAUCCGGGAGCUCCUUUGGUGGGCUGCCCCACAACAGGUCAGAGCUGAGCGACAGGAAGGAGGCCCACAGCACUUGGAAGCCCAGUGGCAGGAAUUCCUCAAGACCAUCCAAUCCCCUCCCUCUGGUUGGGGAAACCCGCAGCCUCCAGACGUGAUGCCAUGGGACGACCUUGCCUCUCUUGAGCGGGUGACUGAUGCCUGCCAGUGGCCUCAGGCAGAGUGGGUCACUCAGCGGAUGCCUAACCUUGGUGGCAAACCCCCACAGAUCUACAGUGGCUUGGAGGGCAGAGACCGAGGGGACUACUCCAAGGCAAAAACUGCGUUCUUAGGGGAAAGCUCUGCUAGCACGGAGAAGCAGCGCCAGCAUUUCCGGCAGUUCUGCUACCAGGAGGCUGAGGGGCCACGCAAGGUCUGUGGCCAGCUGCGGGAGCUCUGCCAUCGCUGGUUGGAGCCAGAGAGCCACACCAAGGAGCAGAUCCUGGAGCUGCUGAUCCUGGAGCAGUUCUUGACCAUCCUGCCAAAGGAAAUCCAGAACCGAGUCCAAGAACGUGGCCCUGAAACCUGUGCCCAGGCAGUGGCUCUAGCAGAGGGUUUCCUGCUGAGGCAGCGAGAGGGCAAGAGACGGGAGGAACAGGAGCUGAGGACAUUUCAAGGGGCACCUGUGAAUUUCCCAGAGGUGCAAAGAGGUCCACUGACCAUAAGGCCAAGACAGUUCUGCAAGGAUGCCAGACAGCUGAAAAACAGAAAUGCCCGUUCACAAGGUACUAAAAUCAUGAGCAGGACUGAUGAACGGUUUGAACUUCAAGAGUGCAGGAAAAAGUUCAGGGGAGAAGCAGCUGAGAGGGAAAACCACAAGAGAGAGAGAUCUCAUCCCUGUGUUGAGUGUGGGAAAGGUCUUACUCAGCCUUCUGAACUGGCCAAGCACCAGAAAACCCACUUGGGGGAGAAGCCCUAUUGCUGUGGAGUGUGCGGGAAAAGCUUUGGCCAGAUCUCCCACCUCACAAGACAUCAGCGGAUCCACUCUGGAGAGAAGCCACAUACCUGCUCUGAAUGUGGGAAAAGGUUCAACUGUCCAUCAGAUCUGGCUAAACACCUGAAUAUUCACACAGGAGAGAAACCCUAUCGCUGUGGUGAGUGUGGGAAAAGCUUCAGUCAGAUAUCCCAUCUUACUUGGCACCAGAGGAUACACUCUGGGGAGAAACCUCAUCAUUGCGCAGAGUGCGGUGAAGCGUUCAGCCAAAGGGCACACCUCAUCAGCCACCAAAGAAUCCACUCAGGGGAGAGGCCCUACCGCUGUUCUCUGUGCCAGAAGUGCUUCAGCCACCGAUCAGCGCUUACUGUGCACUAGAGAAUCCACAUGGGGCAGAAGCCCUAUGCCUGCUCCGAAUGUGGGAAGCGGUUUGUGGCAUCCUCUGCUCUCACUAGGCACCAGAGGACCCACUCAGGAGAGAAGCCUCAUACCUGCACCGAGUGCGGACGAAGCUUCAUCCAGCAUUCUGCUCUGACGGCACACCAGCGAACGCACUCUGGCGAGAGGCCAUAUGCUUGCAGUGAGUGUGGGAAAAGGUUUAACCAGCCUUCCGAUCUUACCAGACAUCAAAAAAUCCACACGGGAGAUAAACCUUUCCCCUGUGAUGAGUGCGAGAGAAGAUUCGCCAGGCUCUCUGACCUUAUCAUUCACUGGAGGAUCCACACAGGAGAGAAGCCGUACCGCUGUACUGAGUGCAGCAGAAGGUUCAGGCAGAGACGAGCUCUUGUCAAACACCAGAAACUCCACCAUUCCAAAGAGGUGCCAGAAGAAAGCCAGCCCCCUGAAAUCCACAGAGCCCCCUGAAAAUUGUGAAACCCCAGUAGAGGAGCAAGAAGAGCCAUUUGAGAACCAAGAACAAUCCAGUCUGACCCUGUCUUCCGGCUCUUGACCUCAUUGUGGAAGGGAAUCUCCAAAGCAUACAGAGCUUUCACCAUGUUCCCUUGAAAGUGACUUGAGCAUUAAUGUAGGCCCUGAGAAAUGUUGGGAAUUAUCUUCCUUUCCCCAAGGGCAUAGUGGCUAAGAGAUUAAGCUAUACAUCAGGAAGUCCCUGGUUUUAGUGAAUUCAUGCCCCUUGCCUCUGACAUGAAUUCACUAGGUGAUUUUAGGCAAGCUGUUCCAUCUCAGUCUCAACUCCCAUUGACAAUAUGAGGAUAAGAAUGCAUACCUUACAGGGUUGUUGUGAGGAGUACACAUGAAGUGUUGUGAGGAGUACACAUGAAGUGCUUUGAACACUUGGAUAUGCUAUACCAGGGGUUCUCAAACUUGGAUCCCCAGAUUUUAUUGCAUUACAACUCCCAUCAUCCCCACUCACAGUGGGCUUUGUGGAUGAGGAUGAUGGGAGUUGUAGUCCAACAACAUCUGAGGAUCCAAGUCUGAGAACCCCUGUGCUACACAAAUGCUAAGUAGUAUUAUUGCUUUCCCCAACUCUCCUAACAGUUUUUGGGUGUCAGAGUGACAGGUGGGGGAAAUGUUGUGUCCAUUGAUCCUGCAGUGUCUUACAAGCCUUGUGACUUCUCUCAGUGCCAUUCCAUCUUUAAGAGGCAGAGGGUUAAGUCUGGGCCAGAGGAUAGCUGGUUGGACAGAUCACCAAGACAUGGUUCACAUCUUUGCUCUGCCAGUGAGUUCCCUUAGUAGGCUCGGGGAGCUGACUUUCAGCCUCAGUCUGUAAAACAGAACAGUGAUCUGCUUCAUAGGGCUGUCGUGAGGACAGAGAAGAUAAAGCACUUGGCACAUGAAUAAAUAAGCUAUAUGAAGAAAUGCUCCUUGAAAUCCUGAGUUGAUCGCCCAUAACACUUGGUCAUCAGUUAGAUAGGGCUGCAGUUUAUCAUUCUCAUAGCCAAGGUGGUCUGGUGGUCAGUAUCAUGGUCCUGGAGCAGGGAGAUCUAGGUUCAAAUACUACUACUUAUAUACAGUCAUUCCUCGCCAAUUGCGGUUUUCCCAAUCACAGAUUUGGGUAUCCGCGACUGGGAAAUUGUGAUCACCCUAGCCAACCAUGACCCAAGUAUCCGCGGUUUGGUGAGUUUUGAAAAACUUUGGCAGUUUUUUGGGGUGUGUGGAAUUUCUGGGGUCAUUUUCAGGGGUCCAGAGGCAAUUCUAUUUUUAACCUUAUUUUCGGUCUUUCCGCGACCGCGGCUCCCCUAACCCCCUGUUUUCAGUGGUUCUUUAUUGCUUCCCAACUGCAAAUUCACCAGUUGCAUGGGUUCCCUGGAAAGGUUGGCGAGGGAAGACUGUAUCACUUUUAAGCAAAAGUUUCCAAAGUGGUUUACAUAGAAAAACAAACAAUUAAGAUGGCUCCCUAUCCCCAAAGGGCUCACAGUCUAAAAAGAAACAUAAGGUAGACACCAACAGCAGCCACAGGAGGGAUGCUGUGAUGGGGCUGGAAAUACUCACUUGGCCAUAAAGUUCGUCACCAUCUCUCAGCCUAACCUACUUCACAGAGUAGGUUGUGAUGAGGAUAAAGUAGGGAACAGACAAUAUAUACUGCCCUGAGCUCAUUGGAGGAAGGGUGGGAUGUAAAUAUGAGAAAUAAACAGAUGUAGCUCCUUAUCUGUUCCAUAACAAAAUACCUCUCCUCCCUUCGCAGAGCACCAAGAUGUCCAAAUAAACCAGAAUCACUACAAUGGCAUCUUGUGCUUUUACUCUCACUCAGUGUUCAUAACAGCAGGCUUGCUCACCUCUGGGCAAAAGCAUUGACCCCACUUCUGAUAAUCAAGAAGGAAUAAACUGAAAAGGGCCAAAGGAGGACCCAGGUUCAUCAAAUCAUUGUGUAAAUGGGAUGGCGAAGGCAUGCGUUUGCUAGUAAGGGAAUUUCCCAUCCCAUGUCUUUGUUGGAAAGGAUUUUUUAAUACGUUGGACUGAAUCCCUUACUGGUGCUGUGCCAUUCGAGGUAGGAGUUGGUUUCAUAAGUUUCAAGCGAAUUUUAAUUAGUGUAAUAUCUUAAACGUCAUGGCUCUGUCCUCUCUGAGUUCUUUUUCUGCAUUGUUUUUGUCUUCUGAUGAAUAUGAACAUUUACCCUCGCCAUGAUGUCAUUACUCUUCUGAUUUUUGUAAUCGUCUUUCUCCAUGGUUAAUGAGCUGGAAUAAAGAUACUACUCCAAACCCUAA